AUGGCUCAAGCUACAUCAAGUACAAGCGAAACCAUCGUCGGAUCUACCACCACAAUUGUGGAAACCACAGUUGAGGUGAGGUCGGUCGCUCCAGGCAAGACAAAGCGCCAAAUAGAUAACCUAUACCCACCGAAAUCUCAUGCCUUGCAAAUCAGCAAAUAUGGAGAUACCUCUGUUUUCCAAUGGGCUGAAGUGAGCACUGUACAGAUACAGUCCCCCUACGAUGUUAUCAUAAAAGUAUCUGCUGCAGGUGUGAACCCUUUCGAUUACAAGUUCAGAAAGGGGAAUUAUGCAGUCUUCGGCAAAGUCAGAUUUCCGUUAGUGUUGGGAUUGGAAUUUUCGGGUAUAGUUGUCGCUAAAGGCGAAAAAGUAAAUAAAGUUCAUCUGUUGGAUAAAAUCUGGGGUACCAUCCGGGGUGGUUGUUAUUCCGAAUUCAUCCGAGUGAAUACGGCUACAGAAUAUGGUGUUGCCUUGAAGCCGACAUCAAUUUCGCACAUAGAGGCUGCAGGAGCUCCAAUUGGUGCUCUAUCAGCUUACGGUGCUUUAGUUACCCUCGGUGAACUUCCAGUUGGUGAUAAGGCAGAAGCCGGGAAACAUAAAGUCUUGAUCAUUGGAGCUUCCGGAGGCGUUGGAACCUUCGCUGUGCAAAUUGCCAAGGUGCUGUGUAAAGCAAAAGUUACCGCUAUUUGUUCCGGGGCAAACGCAGAGCUUGUACGCGGACUCGGUGCCGACAAAGUAGUCGAUUAUACGAUACAAGAUUUCACUGCAGAUGAUAAUGACUAUGAUGUCGUUGUCGACUGCGUAGGCCAUCAAAACGACUUUUAUCACAAAACCAUUCCAUUAUUGAAAAAGAAAGGUACAUUCGUUUCGGUUGCAUAUGAUAACGACGACGAUAAGGUCAGUUUAGGCGAUCUAACUAAGAUGGGCUUCCAGUAUGUGGGACGAAAGUUCUUUGGUGCAAGAAAGUAUAGAGCUCUUUAUGGAGUAAACCGUAAAGACUUCAGCAAACUCGUUCCAUACUUUGAGAGGCACGAGAUUAAGACUGUGGUCGCCGAGAAAUUUCCCUUACGGGAAGCUGCUAAAGCUCAUGAAAAGAUUGAAACUCAUCGCACUGCUGGAAAGAUAAUCUUAACAACUUGA